AUGAUGCAGAUGUCUCUCUCUGCGCAAGCACUGCCCCUGCUGCUCAGCGGCCUUGCUGUGACUCUUGCCGGAGCCGGCGCGGGGGAGCCCUAUGUUGGCCUGCUGAUCGAUGCAGGCUCCAGCGGGUCGAGGCUGCACAUCUUCGAGUGGGAGCCGGCGAGCUGUGCGCCGCAGGGGCCACCACCGCUGAUCAUCCCAAGGAAGAUCGACAGCGAAAACGUGACGCCAGGCAUCGCAUCCACGGAUCCCGAGACAUUAAGGGCGGUGCUGGAGCCGCUGCUGGAAUUUGCCAAGGCAAAGCUGGCAGCGCGAGAGGCUGACUGGCACCGGUUCCCGAUUCACCUGAUGGCUACGGCCGGCAUUCGGCGGAAGCGGCCAGAGCACCGAGACAGCAUACUCGAUGCGUUGCAGCAAGUGCUUGAGGCUUGGCCUUUCCGCUUCCGCCAGGACUUCUUGCAUAUCCUCAGUGGGGAGGAAGAGGGUGCCUAUGCAUGGCUAGCCAUCAACGCUCAGCGGGAGAAGCUUGACAGCCCAGUGCAAGAUUCCCUGGGUGUUCUAGACCUGGGGGGUGCAUCAAUGCAGGUGACCUUCGUGCCAUCCAACGGAAGCCAGGUGCUCCAGCACUCAUUUCCGAUUGUCUUGCGGGGCAGCAAAGUCAAUCUCUACUCUGCGUCUCACUUACAGUUUGGGGUGCAGGAGGCUCAGCGCUUGUUGCAGCAGCAAGUCAUUGCGCACUCGCUGAUUCGGGAAACUGUGCAUGAACUGCGUCAUCCGUGUUUCUUCCGCGGGCUGAACUUCACAGAGGUCCUGAUCAUGGGUGAGGAGCAAGCAGCAGGUGACCCCCCUCUGCAGGCGCACUGGUGGGGGGCUGGUGACUACGACCGUUGUGCCGAUAGAAUAAAGGACCUCUUCGACAAGCGGACCACGUGCUUCACGCCCCCAUGUACCUUCGGCGGUCGCUACCAGCCUCGCCUCGGCAACCGCCCCUUUCUUGCCUUCUCCACCUUCACCUGGGUUAUUGAGGCUCUGGCGUUGCCCUCUAAUGAGACAACCCUGCUGGACGUGGAGAAUGCAGCCAAGUACUUGUGCAAGAUGGAGUGGUCCACCUUGCAGGUUCGCUGGAGUCACCCCUCCGAGGGGUUCCUUCGGUCGCUUUGCUUCAGCGCGACGUACAUUGUCGUGCUCCUGAACCACGGCCUUGGCUUCGACAUGCAAGCUACGCAGAUUGAGUUCCAUUCAGCCCGGCUGGAGCCUGUUUCCUGGGCGCUUGGAGCCAUGCUCUGGGAGGUGAAUCACCGCUUCGAUGCUGAGCAGCCAGCGUGUACUCCUCCCAGCGACGGCACCUGCCCUGCUGCAUCACCAAAGAUGCUUUGGCCCUUGAGAUAA